UCUGGACUACCGUGUUGUUUUUUCACAACAUGGCAGCAGAACCAUGGAACAGGGUAAAUGUUUCCCAACCAAGUGCUAUUUCAACUGUCCGGGUGCAGUUUACUUCCAAAACAGACUUGACUGUCAAAAACCUGCUGUUGGAGAACGACAAAGUCCUCAGAAUACUUCAGAGUACUUUCCUUCAGACGGAAGUCCGCGUUCUCUACGCUUUGUUGUACAAUCUCAAUAACAGCACAAGAGGAAACAAAACAUUUCGAGUUGUAAAGCAAGUUGAACAGUGCAUUAACAGACUUAAAGAAAUGAAGCUAGAUGUCGCUCUGCAGAGUUUGGCUGAAUUGUGUCCCAAAAGGAUUCAAAGGCAGCUGGGCAUAAAGGCGAAGGAGUGUGAACUUCCAAGCCAACCCACACUGGAGUGGGAAUGUCUGAAAGUGCUGGGAGCUGCGCAACUGAUGAGCUGCACGUUAAAACGCUGCAGCAGAGCUUUCAUUUUAUCCAAGCAGCACAUGAGAAAUGAGUUCAUCAUACUGAAUAUGGUGCUAACCAGCAUGCUCAGUCGCCUCUGGGUUAGUUUCAGAGGGAUUCUGUCCUGCCUGUCUGCGCUCUACCAGCAUCUGUUGGCGCUCAGGGCAGAAGUGGCCCUUGCCCGACCCAUGCCCUUCCUCACGUACUUCGAGCUGCCUGCUAAUAUGGCCGACUUCCUUGGUCCUUGUGAGGCAGAUUUACUCGCCAUAAAACCAAAAUCUGGCGUUCAGGCCCCAGCUCAGGGGGCAACACAACGGCGGAAGCCUCUUGUCAGAGCAACAUAUACGAAGAAGGUUAAAGAAGAUCUCGGUGUUGCUGUGCAGAGAGAGCUGGCAUUGGACUCUGACAUAAAGCCUAUCAAUGUUACCAGGACUGUAGCAAAGAAGAUCCUACCAAAGAAAGAACACAAAGCUGAGAGAAAACGCAUGUUUCAGAGACACACCAUGCAAGCCGCUACCUUCAAAGAGAUGACAUUCAAUCUAGAAGAAAUGAUCAAGUGGUGCAAAUCCAAGAAAAUGAGUCAAACCAAACAACUUUUAACCUUCCUGAGAUUGAAGUGCCGACGGUUGACAGGAGCUGAGGCUGCCGGUUACAACGUGCAGAACAAGUUGCAGGCGUUCAAACAAAACGCUCGCCAGGCACUGUGUGGUGUUCGAAGCCAGUUGGUGAGGACCCGUCACUCUUCGUCUCCAGGCCAGAAAAGCGGUCGCCUGAGGAAACAUCUCUGGUCACUCAAGAUGCGAUUUAGAUCAACCAAAAUGAGAAAUAAUGUGAAAAAGAGACGCAAGCUAAAGAAGGGCCUGUCAAACAAACCUCCAGGUGCUGACUGGAUAAGCAGGACAAUAGGCAAUUGCACACCGAUGAUGGUUAACGGUGACAGCACUGAUGACAUUGAUGAUAUUUUCGCGUCUGUAGGUCUGUGAAAGUGUUUUUCAAAGGAACUUAUUUAAUGUUUUUAAACUUUUUAUUCCACUUCUUUUGUGAAUUCUCACAGGAAUUAUAAAUCAAGUUUAUGAAAUGUUCACCUGUGAGUAUCACAAACAAAAGUAAAGCAUUGUUGACCUGGGAAAUGAGGUUUUUUAAUAUUACAAAGAAUACCUUAUUGUAUCUUUUUAAAAAAUUAUGAAAGAGACACCACCAACAAACCAAGCUAAGAUUGGAUUUGGAAAGACUUCUUCCCAGGCAGUGUUGGGGUGUCCAGCAUUUAGCCAUGAAGAAAGUUCCAAAUAUGAUUUUUGAUACCAUUGUAUUCAAUGUGAUAAAAUUGGAGAGAAUCCCUCAUUUGCAGUCUGUUCUCAAGGUUUUUUCCCCCCUCCAAAUGGGAUUUUGAAUUUUUACCUUUUGGGGAGGAGGUUCGUGGAGCGAAUGCAAUUUUUGUCAACUGCUGUAUGAAUAAAUGAGAACUGACGAAACGGCACCGUAUUUGAA